AAGAGUGGAACGGCCUCGACGGUGCUUGGACUCACAGAUUUUUAAAAGAAGCAGAAGUUCUUAAUCCGAAUGAUUUCGAAACUAUAAAGAGGAAGGUGGAUUCUGAACGUUCGAAAAAUGGCUUACAGACCUAUUGGGAGGGAAUUUCAGUGAAACGCACUCAUGUUCUUGGAAGUCUUAGUCUUUUAGACGAAGCAGGAAAAUAUAAUGCUGAAGAUCUCUUAUCUGAAGGAUUUUCAGACUCUUUCCCUGUUGACGUGCCGUCCACAUCUAAACGUGCUCCUGAUAGCAAGGGUUUAAUUCCUCAGAGGACUAAAAAGGUUAAAAUUCCUAAUGAAGAUGAAUCUCUGAAAAGCACGGAACAACAAUUGCAAAAUGCUGGAGAUCAUAAUACACCACCCCCUCCUUACAAUAGUAAUAAACGCAAUGUUGGAUUAAAUCAACAUGUUUUGGAUGAUUUGGAAGAAAGCGAUACAGAAAUUGACAUAACACAAGAUAAUGAAGAAAUCAGAAACCUUACGGAGAAGAAGAACAUCCGCAAUAAAUUACUUGCAAUUUUAACCGCUCAAAAAAAAAAAAAUGAACACACAAUCUGGAAAAAACUUCUGUCAUCAAUAUGCCUCAACGGAAUCUUAGAUUUCUCUGACGAUGAGAUGCGCAAGAAAUUAAAGGGUCUUUGA